UGGUUUCCAAACUAAAACCCCAGAUCCUCUCUUCUCCUUCCACUUCUACUGUCUCCUGCAAAACUACAUCACUGCUUCGUUUCACCAGAACGACGCCGUUACUGCAUAGGUCUGCCGUCUCUCGUAUAAUACAGAUUUUACAACUGAGAUAAUCAAACAAAAAUGCAGUCUCCGGUUCUUGUCCUCAAGGACUCGUUGAAACGCGAGUCUGGAGCUAAAGUACACCAUGCCAAUAUUCAAGCUUCCAAGGCAGUUGCUGAUAUUAUUCGCACAACUUUGGGUCCGCGAUCCAUGCUUAAAAUGUUACUCGAUGCUUCGGGAGGAAUUGUUGUGACUAAUGACGGGAAUGCUAUCCUUCGUGAACUAGAUAUUGCUCACCCUGCAGCUAAGUCAAUGAUUGAAUUGAGCCGCACACAAGAUGAAGAAGUGGGAGACGGGACAACAUCUGUGAUUGUUCUUGCUGGAGAGAUGCUCCAUGUUGCUGAAGCCUUUAUUGACAAAAGUUAUCAUCCUACGGUCAUUUGCAGAGCUUACGUUAAAGCUCUUGAGGAUGCCAUUGCUGUGCUUGACAAAAUUGCCAUGUCCAUUGAUGUCAAUGACCGUGCGACAUUGUUGGGUUUGGUCAAGAGCUGUAUAGGGACAAAGUUCACUAGUCAAUUUGGGGACCUAAUUGCUGAUCUAGCAAUUGAUGCCACCUCCACAGUCGGCGUUGAUCUUGGCCAAGGGUUCCGAGAAGUGGAUAUCAAGAAGUACAUCAAGGUUGAGAAGAUACCUGGCGGCCAGUUAGAAGAUUCUAAAGUUCUUAAAGGUGUUAUGUUCAACAAAGAUGUUGUUGCCCCUGGAAAAAUGAGGAGAAAGAUUGUUAAUCCGCGAAUAAUUCUUCUUGAUUGUCCACUUGAAUACAAAAAAGGUGAGAACCAAACAAAUGCUGAGUUAGUAAAAGAAGAAGACUGGGGAGUCCUACUGAAAAUGGAGGAGGAAUAUAUUCAGAACAUGUGCAUGGAGAUAUUGAAAUUUAAACCGGAUCUGGUUAUUACUGAGAAAGGACUCAGUGAUUUAGCAUGCCAUUAUCUGAGCAAGGCUGGUGUCAGUGCAAUCAGGAGGCUGAGGAAGACGGACAAUAAUAGAAUUGCCAAGGCAUGUGGGGCUGUUAUUGUGAACAGACCAGAGGAGUUACAAGAGUCUGAUGUUGGUACUGGAGCUGGGCUAUUUGAAGUUAAGAAAAUUGGGGAUGAGUUCUUUGCUUUCAUUGUUGAUUGUAAAGAUCCAAAAGCAUGCACAGUUCUCUUGAGAGGUGCCAGUAAGGAUCUCCUGAAUGAAGUGGAGAGAAAUUUGCAGGAUGCCAUGUCGGUGGCUAGAAAUAUACUAAAGAAUCCCAAACUUCUUCCUGGCGGUGGUGCUACAGAGCUGACCGUCUCUGCUACUCUGAAGCAAAAGAGUUCAUCUAUUGAAGGCAUAGAAAAGUGGCCUUAUGAAGCUGCUGCUAUAGCUUUUGAGGCUAUACCACGUACUUUGGCUCAGAACUGUGGUGUUAAUGUGAUUCGAACAAUGACUGCCCUGCAAGGAAAACAUGCUAAUGGUGACAAUGCAUGGGUUGGCAUAGAUGGCAACACUGGUGAAAUUACUGAUAUGAAAGAGAGGAAGAUAUGGGAUUCGUAUAAUGUGAAAGCACAAACGUUCAAGACUGCAAUAGAAGCAGCUUGUAUGCUUCUAAGGAUUGAUGACAUUGUAAGCGGGAUCAAGAAGAAGCAGGCUCCAGGAGCAGGUCCUUCCAAACCCACAAUUGAAACAGAAGCAGAUGCAGAUGGUGAGCAGAUACUUCCGGACUGAUGAGAUUUGGUGACAGUCUUUGAACUUUUUACUCAAAUGCAGCAGCUAUUUGUCUUUGGGGCAAUUAACAGAAUUGUUUAGGUGGUGAGUGAAGAAUUCUUCAAAAUUUUGAGUGCUCGUCUGUUGACUGUUGUUUCGGUGUUGUUCUAUCCGAAUUCCUUCUGAAAAGGAGUUAAUUAUUUUUAUUGUGCAUUAGUGAGACAUAACUGUUAUUGUUUAGUUUAUCUUUCAGAAUGUUAUCUAGUCAAUAUAUGCAUAUUUACAAUGCAA